AUGGCGCAGUUUAUGAUUCAGGCCAGUCUCUACAUGUCCAUUGCCCCAGUUAAUAUCAUUGGUGACAGUUUUGGCACAGCCAAUCCAGCCGGUUUGAGUUGUUUUGCGGCAGCUUACAGCUUGACUGUUGAUACUUUUCUUCUUAUUGCUGGUCAACUAGGUGAUGUCUAUGGCCAUCGAAAUGUGUUUGUUAUCGGCUUCUGUUGGUUCAGCAUCUGGUCAUUCUUAUUGGCUGGAUUCAGUGUGUGGUCCAAUCAAAUGUGCUUUAAUUUCUGUCGUGCAUUACAGGGCAUUGGGCCUGCGAUGCUACUCCCAAAUGCGAUUUCUAUCCUGGGGAGGACAUACCCCCAAGGCCUGCGCAAGGAGAUGAUAUUCAGUUUGUUUGGUGCGACUGCUCCUGGUGGGUUCAUCGUGGAAGGUGUUUUCUCAUCCAUUUUUGCCCAGUUGGUGUGGUGGCCCUGGGGAUACUGGGUUACGGGCAUCGUGUGUGCCUUGCUCACCUGUAUUGGCUGGCUGGUUAUCCCAUUCAGCGCCCAACUUAAGCUCUAUGACAAUCUUCAUUUCUAG